UCUUCUUCACUUUUGCUGCUCUUGGUCUCAAAUCAGGCACUGUUUCACUCUAUAUACGUCUAUGAUACUUCUAGGCACUGGUCUCGGCGGUGCUGGUCGUACACAGCAUCUUUCGUCUGCCACUUCCAGCUAUUAGCCAUGGAGUCGACCAAAUCCCGCUCAGCUUCAGUCUCCUCUUCAAGCACUACCAAACACCACUCAAAUCUGGCCGGCUUGUCAGCCUUUGGCAUGACGAGGCCGACUCCACCACAAUCCCCAGACAACGGCCUCCGGCCUGGCAAGUUCGCGCGUAUGGGGCUUCCCAGCUCGCCUCGUCCCAGCGACCCACCAUUGACCCCAAUGUCGCCUCCCAUGUCGGCAAGAUCGUUCGGUACCAUCAUCGACUCGGAGCCAUCCACACCCGCCUACUCUCCCAGAUCGGGCUCUUCGUGGGAUGAAUCUAGGCUGGUUUUACUCUCACCUGUUCCGCCUUCUCCUUCUACACCCGCCGAGCCUUCCUGGGAUAUGAUGGUUCCUAUUCAAAAGGCUCCCAAGAAGCGACCUCGUCGGUUUUCGAGGAAGCCUUCGCUGGCUCGGAAGUCUACAUCCAUUAGUGAGAAGGAGAUUGAGACUAGGACGGCUCUUUCUUCUCAUCCAGCUAGAUCGAGUCAUCUCCGGUCGCACUCCCACAAGGAAACCUACUACCCGACAUCCAGAGACAUCUCCGAGGAGACGACCGAGAAGGAGAAGGAAGGGGAGGAAGGCAAGGUCGACGAAGAAGAGACUACACAGCUAGACAGGCUGGCGUUGAAGAUGAAGGCGCUGCUGAGACGGAAGUCGGAUACCGACCGCAGGACAGAGAAGAAGUGGGGAAAUCUUGAGCUCCAGCGUAUGGAGACUUCCCACUGGACUGAACUUUGAUCAACAUACGAUAGUACUACUUUUCUUUUGUUAUGUGCGAAACAGGCGUCGCUGGGUGGUCUCUUUGCUUUAUCAGGGCGUUGUAUUUUCCUUUUCCCGUAAUCGACAGAUAUCCAGGGCGGUCACAGAUUGAGCGUGGGAGGUGUACGUCUCGUUAUUUCCAGCAGUGUUUUCAUCCAUAAUCUCGUUGUAGCGGUAGAAAAUCAGCGUAAUUCAUUGAUUCCUUCCUUGACCAACCAUCUUCCACAUAAUCUAGUGAGCCUCUUCAAAAUCGAACACUGCUUCAGUUGCGAUAGUCCAGCUUUCCCAUAGCAAAGCUCCACUGUCAGGAUAUCUACACCUCACUACUACGCUUCACUGCCUAUCCCACACCUCCCACGCCGCCCGCCUGACCACACCCACCCACGCUCUCCUAAUCCAACAUUUGUCCUUCCUGUUUCGAUGAUACGCACAUGCAUGAACACGUACUUUGCCUAGAUCGUCGCCUCCCCGCGCCCUCGCCGCACACGCGCGUCGUGACUUGUGAUGCAUCCGCGUUCAAUGACGAGUCCGUACGCUGAUCUCGCU